AUACAACAGCCAGCGAUUUCUAAACUCUCACUUUCGUCGGGCUAUAAUUUCACGCUAACUCAGUCGACUUAAACUCUUCACCACGAUAUGAAAUAAGUACGAGUGCAUCUCAUAACUAUUCGACAACAUGGGGCGCAAUUUUCUACUCAACAAUAAUCGGAGCUCCGAUUAUAAAGUGCAAAUCACACCAACACAACAGAAGACGCUGACACAUCUUCCACAAAGGCCUAAAGUCGAUCUUGCUUUUUCCAACCUCAAAUACACCGUCAAACAAGGCAAAGCCGAAAAAACUAUUCUCAAGUCGGUGAGUGGACGGCUGCGAUCUGGCGAACUCACGGCAAUUAUGGGCCCCUCGGGGGCCGGCAAGUCCACCCUUCUUAAUAUCCUUACGGGGUACAGAACGGACGGAGUGCAAGGCCAAAUCCUGAUGAACGAUAGCGAGCGUGAUUUAAGCCAAUUUCGCAAACUUUCCGCUUACAUAAUGCAAGACAAUCAGCUUCACCUCAAUCUAACUGUCGAUGAAGCGAUGAACGUUGCCGCCAAACUCAAAAUCGGUGAUAAAGCGAAAUCGGAACGUGAAGACAUCAUCACCGAAAUUCUUGAUACUCUUGGCCUGCUCGACCAUCGCAAAACAAUGACCAGUGGUCUGUCUGGUGGCCAGAAAAAACGUCUCUCCAUCGCCUUAGAACUGGUCAGCAAUCCUCCCAUCAUGUUUUUCGAUGAACCCACCAGCGGCCUUGACAGUUCCUCGUGUUUUCAAUGUAUUUCUCUAUUGAAAACUCUCGCACGAGGGGGGAGAACCAUCAUUUGUACCAUCCACCAGCCGUCGGCGAGGCUAUUCGAGAUGUUUGAUCAUUUGUAUACCCUCGCCGAUGGGCAAUGCGUGUACCAAGGCUCGACGAAAGAGUUGGUACCGUUUUUGGCCACAUUGGGCCUCCAGUGCCCAUCGUACCACAACCCAGCGUCGUAUAUCAUCGAAGUGGCAUGUGGGGAAUACGGAGACCAUACCAGGAAGCUGGUCGAUGCGAUUGAUAACGGGAAAAAUGAUAUCAGAGAAGGAAAACCUUUCCCAGAGAUUAAAAUUACAAACGGGUUGAAUAACUCGACUGUCAUCACCAAUGAUAUAACUAAAGGAUAUGCGAAUCAUGCUACUGAAAAUAAAAAUCUUAUGCUACAAAAUGCCGUCAAUGAUAUUGUCAAAGAGAAUUUGCCUGCACCUCCCCCUAUCACAACAAAUUACGAGAAAGCUAACGCCGACACGGCCCUAUUAGACAACACAAUUCCGGUCCGUCAGCCGCGUUAUGGCAAUUCCGAAUUUCAGCAGUUUUUCAUAAUUUUGAGUCGUGCCUUGCUGUUCAGUAGACGUGAUUGGACUUUGAUGUAUCUGCGAUUGUUUGCUCACAUCCUAGUCGGUUUUUUGAUCGGUGCAUUAUAUUUCAAAAUAGGCAACGACGGUGCUAAAGUCCUCAGUAAUUUAGGAUUUUUGUUCUUCAAUAUGUUGUUCUUAAUGUACACUUCAAUGACUAUUACGAUUCUAUCAUUCCCUCUAGAAAUGCCUGUUUUGCUCAAAGAACACUUCAAUAGGUGGUAUUCACUCAGAUCUUACUAUUUAGCUAUUACGAUUUCGGAUAUACCAUUCCAAACAAUAUUUUGUGUAUUGUACGUAACAAUAGUGUACUUUAUGACAUCCCAACCGGCUGAAUUAAACCGCUAUUUGAUGUUUUUGGGUGCUUGUUUACUCGUUUCAUUCGUAGCACAAAGCGUUGGACUCGUCGUAGGGGCUGCAAUGAAUGUACAGAACGGCGUUUUCUUGGCACCGGUCAUGUCUGUACCUUUCUUGCUCUUCUCCGGCUUCUUUGUUUCAUUUGACGCCAUUCCGAUUUACCUGCGAUGGAUCACUUACCUGUCUUAUAUCCGAUACGGGUUUGAGGGCACAGCCCUGGCCACUUAUGGCUUUGACAGGCCGAAAUUGCAAUGUUUCGUCUCGUAUUGUCACUUCAAAUCGCCCACAACCACUUUGGAAGAACUGGAUAUGGUUAAUUCGAGCUACAUGAUUGAUAUAGUCGCUCUCGUGGCGAUUUUCUUCAUUCUGAGAAUAGCCGCUUAUUUGUUCUUGAAAUGGAAGUUGAAGUCGACUCGUUGAUUCCGAGUAGUUUAAUUAAGUGGUAAUGCAACGGUUUGUAGUAUAGUCAUAUUGUGUCCAAGUUAUUGUUAUUUCUUUUUCAUAUCUAACAAUUUAUUUAACACGUGUGAUAGUAGAUAGGUAGGGCUGUGAUUGUCUGUUAUUUAUAAAAAGAAAUUUUUGAAUAGAAGAAACUUGCCAGAAUUUUGCCCAUGACUGGUACCCUUCGAUGAAAAGAAAAAUUGUUUAGGUGCUCUUGGACCAUCAUACGAUUUAUAUUUUUUAUACGCUAAUUAUAGAAAUAUUUUAAUACUUAUAUACUGUAUCAAUUAUGUACAAAAAAUGUUUAAUAAAUUGUUUAAAAAU